AUGCGAAUGCAGGAGGGGGGCAGCUCGCGGCCCUCUCUCAGGGUCUUCAGUGUCCUGGACCGACUGCUCCUCACUCACCCCGUGUGGCUGCAGCUGGCGCUCAACCAGGACUCAGCCGUCUACAUCCUGCUACGGGAGCCUGUGGGGACCUUUCUAGUGCGUAAGUGCAGCUCGAGUCAAAGGAAAGUGCUGUGUCUGAGAGUGACGUCGGACCGAAGCGCCGCAUCUGUGAAGGAGUGCUUCAUCUGUGAGGAAGACUCCACCUUUGCUUUAGAGAGCUCGUCCCUCAGCUUCCCUGACCUGUGUCGACUCGUGGCCUUCUACUGUAUCAGCAGGUAA